GCAAUGCCAUAAUGGUGUAUUGUGCUGAUAUUACACACCAUACUCGUAUGUAUGCGUAUUAUAACGUUGCACCUGCCACAGCAACCAAUGUUUGGUACAUGGGGGCCCCCGGUAUAUCAAAGCGUGUAAGACAUCUAUUAGCGUCGUCAUCCCGUACGAAUAAAGUAUUAAUUAGGUAGUUUUGUUAUCAUUAUUGUUCUAGUAUCAUGCACGACUAGAGCAUCGUAACGGCUCUUGCUUAAAUCUCAAAAUUUGCAAUGAUGCAAACACGCUCUGCAGUUUAUAAAAUGAUAAAGGAGACUGCUCACGAAGAAAGACAGGUAUCUAAGUGGCAGCCACCAUUCUCAUCAGACGCAACUCCAUACAUGGAAAGAGAUUUCGAUACUCGGGUCCGUAAGACAUGUACAGCUGAACGCCCGUUAUUGAUACCGAAGAUAUCAAAAGUUAUCGUCCUCGGAGAUGUGGCUGUCGGCAAGACCUCUUUGGUUAAUAGAUUCUGUCACAAACUCUUCGACAAUAAUUACAAAGCAACCAUUGGCGUGGACUUUGAAGUAGAACGUUUCGACGUCUUGGGGGUUCCGUACAAUUUACAAAUAUGGGAUACAGCAGGUCAGGAAAGGUUCAAGUGCAUCGCGGCAUCAUAUUACAGAAGCGCGAAUGUAAUCGUGGUUGUCUUCGAUUUGGGAAGCUUGAUGUCGUUGUCCCAUUGCCGACAGUGGCUCGACGAAGCACAGCGAUGUAACAACGAUACGAGCCAAAUUUUCUUGGUUGGCACCAAAAGAGAUCUAUUGUCAAACCCUGUUUACGAAGUGAUUGAAAGACGCGCAUUUGCGGUGGCGCGGACAUUGCACGCAGAAUUUUGGGCCGUCUCAGCUAGAACUGGUGACGGUGUUUACGAGCUUUUUUUGCGUAUAGCUGCCUUAUCGUUUAAUGCCCUGCUUCUGCAGGAAUUGCAGAGUGUUCGAAUGGUAUCCACCGCGGGCUCCGACAUUGUCUCUCUGAAUUCGACACGCAAAGAUAUUCCAGAGAAAAUGAUUGGUCCACGGUGUUCCAAUAGUUGUCUGAAAUGAAAAUUAGAAACAUUUGCAUUGACUGAUAUAGGUAUAUCAUCAGUCAACGAUAUUUGAU